GUUUACGAUCCGUCAUUAAAUCGGAAGAAGAAGAGACAGUUGCAACGUCACGGGUGCAAGCGCCAUUUCACUCUUCAUUCAUUUUGUCGGGGCCUUCAUAGUUUAAGUGGAUACACAGAACUUCAUUAUGGUGAAAAUAUUUAUUGGUAACCUUGCCUGCAAUACAGAACCUGCGGAGCUGCGUGAACUCUUCGAGAAGUAUGGUGAAGUCUCAGAAUGCGACAUUGUCAAAAACUAUGGUUUCGUACACAUGAACAACAAAUCUGAAGCCGAGGAGGCCAUUCAAAACCUUCACCAGUACGAGUUGCAUGGUUGGGCCAUGAAUGUAGAGAUGAGCAAAGGGAGGCCCAAGUCCACCACCAAACUACAUGUCAGCAACCUUGGCGAAGGGGUCACCACUGAUGUCCUGCGGGCCAAGUUUGAAGAGUUUGGCACUGUGGUGGAGUGUGACAUAGUGAAGGACUAUGCCUUUAUUCACAUGGAGCGAAUGGAGGAUGCCAUGGAUGCCAUCAAUAAGCUGGACAACACCGCCUACAAAGGCAAGCUGAUGAGCGUACAGCUGUCCACCAGUCGGCUGCGCACUGCCCCCGGAAUGGGAGAUCAUACCGGCUGCUAUGUCUGCGGGAAACAUGGCCACUGGUCGAAAGAUUGUCGAGUCAGUCGGAACGGUAGCCACGGUGACGGCGCAAGAGGUCGCAGCGGCCGGGGCCCCCCACGUGGUCCCCCGGGUUAUGGCAGGGGCGACUUCAGGAUGGACUCACCUACAGGAGCUGAUUACAUGGGUAGCUCUCCGUAUAGUCGGUCUAGUUACGUAGGUGGGAUGCCGCCCCCCCCUCGUAGGCUUAGCGGCUACAGCCCUGAGCUAGGGGAUAGGUACGCCAGCAGAACGCCAGGCUCCUUUGCUGAGCGGUCAUCAGCCUAUGACCGUGAACGUCUCUAUAGCAGUGUUGACUAUUAUGAGAAGUACAGAGCUCGUCCUUAUGGCUCAAGCUAUUUCGAGGAUCGUCGCAUGUCCUAUCUCCCCCCUCCCCCGCCUCUCCCACCUCCCCCUUCCUCCCUCUCAAAGUUCUCCAGUAUAGAUCCAUAUGAUCGUCGACCACUUCCUCCAUCUUCGUCGGCUGCCGCAUACUAUGCACGAGACCGCAGCCCAAUCAGACGAGUACCAGUCUCCUCGGCUGGCUACGCCUACGAGCGAACACGGCUGUCCCCGGUGGCAGGCUCCAGGAGCUCCCACGCUCUUCCACGACCCAAGGAUCAUUAUGCGCCCCGAUAUGCGCCAUACUAAAGCCAUGGUGCCAAGGUCUUUGAACUGCAGGACUUUGGCUGUCAUUUCUUCAAGCUACAUGAUUCCAUCAGUCUGCAGGAUGUGCGGCAAAGCAUUUGAGUUGUGGAAAUUAAGUCAGCAUCUUCCAGACACUUGACAUGCCAGUUGUCUGCAGAUGAAUCGUCCUUUCAUUCAUAUUCACAUAACCGGUUUUCCUAAGACUAAGGAUGAUUAGCAAACUGCACAGUUUGACAUUUACGAUGUAUAAAACAAUAAUUUGCUCCCAUGCUCUGCGGGUCUUCAGCUCAGUUUUUAGCCAUGUCUCUUUUUCUUACCUAUUACUUCCUCACAUGGAGCAAAUUGUUAAAUUGAGCAAAUGUUAAUUGUUUAGCUUUGGUUUGUCAUUAUGAAAGUCUUCUUGUUUCCAUAUAUAUAAAAAUGUACUCUUUCUUUUUAAUGGGAUGAGGGUUAACCCAUGCUGCAUCGGUUGCGUGUCGUGCUGAAUCAUCUUGAUCUGAAUCCUAAUAUGGAUUUUUUUUUUCUCCAAAAAUGAUCAUCAUUGGUGUCUAUCAAUAUGCUGUCAAAUACGUUUUCUUACAGCUUAAACCAGUAGUUUUCACAGAGAAUUAAUUUAUGCUCGAAAGGGUGAAAGACUCAGGCAGUGGUCUAGUAGUGGGUGGGAAAGAACCUGCACUCUUCACCCUCUGAAAUACACGACUGGACUCUGAUUCACACAUAUCCAUGCUACUGACCUGGCUGAGUGUUCAGUUAGAACACAGAAUCCCACUUUGAGUCCUUAUCUAUGGUAAAACAAAUAAUCUCACAUUCCAGCCUCGUCGUUUGUAAUUUGAAUGUGUUUGCAAAAUACAAAAUCGAUACAUUUCACGACACGUAAUGAGGUGUCUGCUGGUCUGAAAUAGUUAAAAAUAAAAGUAAUAUUAAGUGACACCAAAACAAAUGUUACAUGACAUGCACUGUGCAACUAAGUAACAUCUUGACUGUUUUCUUCCCAAUGGUAAUGUUGCGCACUUUGCCCACAGCUGCCAACAGAAAAUAACCUCAUCACUUGAAUUUUAGUGUGGGAUGGAUGUUGUAUCCAUGCAACAAAGCAUAAGCAGAUUUAAGAAAUGUGAGACAGGACUCAGGGCUUGGGUUGUUUUAAGUCGUGAGGCAUUUUCAAAGGUGCCGUUUGUUUUGCAUAAAGGUGGGUUUGAAGUUUGUAUUUUUCAUACUGGCUGUAAAAGUACCAGCAUACGUUAAGUCUAAAAUGAGUAUGAUUUUUUAAAUAAAAACCAAACUUAUUUUGGUGACGCCUGACAUUUUUCAGUUGUGUUUGAAACCCAAUUUGACGGUGUAUUGUAGUUGCAGUGGAACUAUUCACUAUAAAAAAAAUAGAACUUUGUAAGGGUAUUGAAUUUAUUUUUUCCCUACAGCUAUGUAUUAGAAGUGAGCAGUAUGGAUAAUCUGUCAGUGUAUGCAUUUUUUAAUCUAUAUAUAUUGCAAAGAAGUCUCUCUUUCUCACUCUAUCUGUAAAUAUAUAUAAUAUAUGAGCCCAAAAUCCACAUACCUGCUCUCUUUGAUGCAAAAAUCAAAAUAUUACCAUUAAACAGUUCUGCUCAUUGA